CAGCAUCCAGUCCGCGCGCCUUGCCAGGCCGUCCCCAAAAGCCAUGUUUCCCCCUGGCUGCCACCCUCCUCUACUACCCGCAGCAAGCUGGUUUUGAGCUCACAAUCCAUCGGUCGCGUAAAGCUGCUCCACGCCUCCGCCCUCGCUCACUCAACCCAGUCUCUCGUCUUCGCCCGGCUUGCUACUGCUGCUCUGCGGUUUCAACUGGCACAAUCUCCCCAAUGUGUUCAUCCUAGUCCUUCACUGUCAUUAUAG